CAAUCCUGGUUGCUCUCAAUCUGAACACCAGCCUCCAAGUUUUGAUCUUUGCCGGAAGAAAUAAUCGACUCUAUGUGGUCCGGGAAAAUUAUAUUGCUACUGUUUUGGCUUCUACUCCAACAAGGUAGCAGCAGCAUCACUCCAACUGAGCAAGGCCAUGUUUGUCCACCUUCAUCUUGUGGCAAAAUUUCCAUCAUAAGUUAUCCAUUUCGAUUAAAACAUGACCCAUCACAUUGCGGUGACAGCAGGUAUCAACUAUCUUGUGAAAAUAAUGUAACAACUUUACAUUUAUACUCUGCAAAAUAUCAUGUAGAAUCCAUAAACUACAACAAUCUUACUAUCCGGCUAGUUGAUCCUGGACUCCAACAAUCUAAUCUCUCUUCACUUUCUCGCUAUUCAUUAUCUCGAUCAAACUUCUGUGAUACUUAUGAUUACAACAACGAACAGUGCAAUGAUCCAUACCAUGCUGUUUCUGAUAAAGAAAGAUAUUUCAGCGAGGGCGCAGGUUACAACGAGCUUCUUUUUCAGCAUGUAGUUUACUUGAACUGUAGUCAUCAGGUCACUAACAAUUCUAAAUACGUUAAUAUUUCUUCUCGUUUUCUCAAAUCCGAAACUGGCUAUUAUAUCUAUGUUAUAGCUGGUGAUUUAAUUGCUGAGGACUUUCAAGUUGGUUGUGAAGUGAAACUGGUUUCACCCACUUCUUGGAAGUGGAAUUUGAAAGGAAAUAGUCUCACCUAUGAUGUGAUUCACAAGGCAUUAGUGUAUGGGUUUGAGGUAUCAUGGUUGCAUCUUUCUUGUAUUAAUCUUUGUGGAGAUUCGACGCUAUGUUACUUCAAUGCUUCCAAUACUCCAAUUCUUCAAUGCUUUCAACAAACAAUGUGCCUUACUUUCAUGGGAUAUUGGACCACUGGUAGUUGCGGGAUAUCGUCUCAGAUGACUUCAUAUGCUAAAGAUACUAUCACUGCUAUCUGGAUAGGUGAGUUCUUUAAUCUUUCGACUUCUUUUUUACCCGUAGAGCAAACCUCAUUGUUAUUGUCAUCUGUAUUUAACAUUACAGGACUGGUUGAAAUAAUCAAAGGGCCAAACUCAAAUUAUGAAGGUCAGAUCAACUAUAAAGUAGGAUUGACCGUAGGACACUAUGUUCUGCCAUCGUUAUUCGCGGCUAGAUUGCUCUUUGGAGUAACAUUUUUUAUUUCACUGCUGAUAUACAAAUGGAGGAAAAGACACUUGUCCAUGUAUGAAUGUAUUGAACUAUAUUUACAACAAGAAAACAAUUUGAUACCCAUUAGAUACUCAUAUAAAGAAAUUAAGAAAAUGGCUGGAGGUUUCAAAGAUAAGUUGGGUAAAGGAGGAUUUGGCUCUGUGUUUAAGGGACACCUGCGUAGUGGACCUUGUGUGGCGAUCAAGAUGUUGGAUAAUUCAAAAGGUAGUGGACAAGAUUUCAUUAAUGAAGUUACGACCAUUGGAAGAAUACAUCAUUUGAAUGUGGUGCAAUUACUUGGAUUUUGUAUUGAAGGAUCAAAACGCGCUCUUGUUUAUGAGUUCAUGCCUAAUAGAUCGCUUGAUCAAUUUAUUUUCUCUAAAGAAGGGAGUGUAAAUUUAAGCUACAACCAAAUUCAUGAUAUUUCAAUUGGAGUAGCACGUGGGAUUGCUUAUCUCCACCAUGGAUGUGAAAUGAAGAUUUUGCAUUUUGAUAUCAAGCCCCACAAUAUCUUGCUUGAUGGGAACUUCGUCCCAAAGAUAUCGGAUUUUGGACUCGCGAAGCUAUAUCCAGUCCAAAAUAACACUAUCACAAUGACUGCGGCUAAAGGCACAAUUGGAUAUAUGGCUCCUGAAUUGUUCUACAAAAAUAUUGGAGGAGUGUCAUAUAAGGCCGAUGUUUAUAGCUUUGGGAUGCUUUUGAUGGAGAUGGCAAGCAAGAGAAAAAACUUGAAUACUAAUGCAGCGCAUUCAAGUCAACAUUAUUUCCCUUCUUGGAUUUAUGAUCAACUUGAGAAAGAGGAAGAGAUAGAAGUUGAAAACGUGACAGAGGAGGACAUGAAAAUAGUAAAGAAGAUGAUCAUAAUUGCUCUUUGGUGUAUACAAAUUAAUCCAAAUAAUCGCCCAUCAAUGAGUAAAGUAGUGGAGAUGCUUCAAGGAGAAAUUAAAAGUCUUGAAAUGCCUCCAGAGCCAUCCAUUUAUCCAGAUGAAGUGAUUUCGCUAGACGAAUCAACCAACUCAAGCCAAACAAUAUCGCUUGACUUGAUUAGUUCUAAGGAUUCUGAAGAAAACUUAACUAGACCUCUUGUAGAGAAAAAUUACUGACGACACUCAAAAUGUAAUUUGAUAGGAUCCAUCAUAUCUUAAACAAUUGUUCUCAUUUAAUUUUUACUUUUCCAUAUUGUUUUUAUACUUGCAAACAAUAGGCCUUUAAA